UGGUAUCACUCCGGUCGAGCCGGCCCAUUCGUGCCGAAGCAUGGCUCUCCUACACUUAAAGUUGUUUUACGUAACAGAUUAAAUAAUAAAAUGGUGCAUUUUUACACAUACAUCUAAUUUACGGAUGAAAAUGACCUUUGCAGUUUUAUCAAAAAGUAUUUAUUUGUCAUAUGAUUUGGUAAGGAUAUUCGUGCAUUUUGUAAUAAUAGUUUAAAAAAUUUAAACGUUGACCAACUUUCGGGUAUAUCAAAGUCGAAAUGAUUUUCAGCAACAAUUUGCAAUUUUUUGUGAUACCUCUGUGGUGGUAGAUGAUAAUGUACUUUUAAAUACACACAAUUUAUUGGACGUUUGACGUCGCAUUUUGCAUCAGGUGUGAAACUGAUUUUAAUGAUAAAAUUGUCGUAAUUACCGUGGCAAGUGUUUACCUGCAUUUUAUAUAAAUGUUGCAGUUGUCACAUUCAUCCUCAUAUAUAAACCUAGAAGACUGGUAAAGUUGUUCUUGUAAUUUGAAAAAUAAAAAACAUAUUGCAUAAUGUCGGUUGUGCGGUGUUCCUCGUUUUUGGUGGCGCUUUUUUGUUUUGUUAGCGUUAAUGCUAUGUCUGGCGAUGAAGAGGCAGGUAUAAAAGAGGCUUUGCGCCCUUUUGUGCAAGAAUGUGCAGAUGAAUUCGGAAUCACUGAGGAGCAAUUUGAAGAAGCAAAGAAAAAGGCUAGCGCAGCUGAUAUCGACCCUUGUUUCAUGAGCUGUUUCUUGAAGAAAGCUGAAUUUUUUGACAGCCAGGGUAAAUUUGACGUAGACAGCACCAUGGCGUUCGCCAAGGAACAUCUGACCAGUGAGCCGGCUAUGAAGUUCGUUGAAGCUGUUGGAGACGAAUGUGUCAAAAUAAAUGACGAAGAUGUUAGCGAUGGAGAUAAAGGAUGCGAUAGAGCUAAACUUCUGUUUGAGUGUAUAGCUGAGACUAAGAAGAAGAUGGAGUGAUAUAUAAACAAAAGAGCUAUAUACUGAUAGAGCUAUAUACACAAAUGGAAUUUUCUAUAUUUUUGUUAUUUAAGAAAUAAAUGCUUGAUGAUACCACAUACAAAUUUCGUUUUAUUUUAAGAAAUAGAAAUGAUGAUGA